AGAGCGGUUCGCUUGGAGCGGUCUGAAGGAGAGGGGAAGAGAAGAAAAGAGGAUAAGGAAAAAGAAAGAAGGAUACAGCUGAAACCCUAGCUUUCAAAACUCUAGCCGGAAGAGGAAGAAGAGAUGAUGAUGGGGAGCGGCGAGAACGAAGCCCUAGGGCGGAUGGGCAUGAUCUCCGGCCUGCCGCUGCAGCUGAAUGCGGCGGCGAUCGCCGCAGAUACAGUUUCGGUGGCUCAGAAGAAGGAGGAGAGGGUCCCACAGUGGACCCACCAGGAGACGAGGGAUUUCAUUGCGAUCCGGGCGGAGCUUGAGAGGGAUUUCAAUCUCGCGAAGCGGAACAAGACGCUUUGGGAGGCGGUCGCUGCAAGGAUGAAGGAGAGAGGGUAUAGGAGGAGCCCCGAUCAGUGCAAAUGCAAGUGGAAGAAUCUCGUCAAUCGGUAUAAGGGGAAAGAGACAUCUGAUCCGGAGAAUGGCCGGCAAUGCCCAUUCUUUGAUGAGCUGCAUGCCAUUUUCACUGAGCGUGCAAAGAACAUGCAGCGCAUGCUCAUUGAAUCUGAAGCUGGUGGUGCUCAAGCAAAGAAGAAAAUGAAGAGGCUGAGUGGGGAAAGAUCGUCGGAUGAUUUUUCAGAGGACGAUGAUGAUGAUGAAGAUGACAGCGAAGAGGAGCGCUCCACAAGGAGUAGGAAGAGGAAGGAGAGGCCUCCGCGGACGCCAACAGUGGACAAGUCAAGGGCCAGUGGCAUCCAAGAAGUCCUUCAGGACUUCUUCCAGCAGCAGCACCGAAUGGAAAUGCAGUGGCGGGAGAUGAUGGAAAGGAGAGCACAGGAGAGGUCUAUGUUCGAGCAAGAAUGGCGGCAGUCAAUGGAGAAACUGGAGAGGGAGAGGUUGCUCAUGGAGCAUGCGUGGCGGGAAAGAGAGGAGCAGAGGCGGUUGAGGGAAGAAAGUCGGGCCGAGAAGAGGGAUGCCCUUUUAACAACUCUGUUGAAUAAGCUCAUUCGUGAAGGCUUUUGAUUGGUAAAUAUCCUCAGAAGAUAGGAUGAAGACUAUAUAUAAUUUUUUAGCAAGGAGACCAUACAUAAUUCAAUCAACAAAGGGGGGGGGGGGGGGGAAGAAGAAGAAGAAAACUAGCUAAUCAUACUGCAAUUUCAGAUUCGAUAAGAGCAAUGAUUCAAAGCCAUUCACCAACAGCUCUUUGAGGGAUUUUGUUGGAAUGCAUUUUUUUUUCACUUGUGUUUUGAAACAAUUGUUUUAAUGCAUUUGCUGAGCCAUAUUAGC